AUGGAGCAAAACUUCUUCUUCGUGGACGGCUUAAACGCUGACAAAACCUCGAAAAAGCUCAUGCGACGACAUGUAAUGAAGGGCAAAAAUGCAGGCAAAACAUUUCACCGACCAUCACGGACGAAUCAAGCUGUUCAGUAUCGGCCAAUGGAAAGAAUUCCCAGACCGCUCGCGACUCAAUUCUUCAGCUUCCCGUUUCCUGUACCGGUCACAAAGGUUGCUGGCAAAGCAAUAGAUGACUCUUACGACUGCUCCCUGGCGCUUAUCCAAGCUUCAAACGAGAUAUAUCUAGGCAUAGGCUACAAUUGCACCAACUCGCUAAGCUGUAUAUCCCAGACUCUUGAUCAGCUCAAGGUCAGACUGGAUAGCAAAGAAGCUCUAUCCGAUCAUACCAUCUCGAUCAUCAUGGCUCUUAUCAAUCAAGAACAGGCAGCAGAACAUUACGCGGCUGCUGUGACACAUAUGGCGGGUUUGAAGAAGAUAGUGGACCUUCGUGGUGGACUGGAGAACAUGGAAGAUAGUGUUGUUGCUGUCAAGAUUUGUCGGACUGAUAUUCUCUUCGCCAUGCAACAAGGUGGCCAUCCGCUGUUUCAUCGAGACCAUAUAUGUCACCUAAAACGCAAUUUGGCAUACAAGGGAUUCACUUUACAGCAAGACUCGGCUGCAUACUUCAGUCGACUUGACCCGACCCUCCAAGAAGCAUUCUCAGACGCCAUGGGAUUGUGCAGGCUGCUCAACAAACACGCGGAUGAGAAGCCUCUCGAUCUUCUUGAAUUUCAAGAAGUCUUGGUGUCCAUCUGCUACCGGCUACUUCAAUUUCGUACGAUUGGUGAAACCAGGUCCAAGAAAGAUACUCAGUCUACGUACCAUAUCGGGUUGUCCCUGUUUAUGAUGUCGAUCUACUUUAAUAACAAGCAAGAUCGCAUGGCUCGGCCGGGCCUUGUCAAGAGUCUUGUCAAGGAAGCCGUUGCAUCCAAUUCGAAAGAAGAUGAAGAUGAGUUCAAGUUCUGGCUUCUCAUUUUGGGAGGUAUUUCAGUUCCAGCUAGGGAUGGUAGUGAGUGGUUUGUUGAGAGACUCCAAGAGCAAGCUUCAUUGCUUGGCAUCGUGACUUGGGAACAAGCCAAGGGUUGUCUAGCGAGAUUUCCGUGGAUGGAUGGAAUCCAUGACAAGCCAAGUCAGAAGCUAUGGAAUCAAGUCCGGUUCAUGGACGUGUAA